AUGUAUGACUAUCUGGCCAAGAUAAUUCUUCUAGGGCCAAGCGGGGCGGGAAAGUCUUGCGUACUGCACAGAUUCGUGAAAAAUGAAUGGCGAGUGUUGUCAUCUCAGACAAUCGGCGUCGAAUUUUCAUCUAAGAUCGUCAAAUUGGGUGCCGGGCCUCGUCGAACAAGAAUCAAAUUGCAACUGUGGGAUACCGCGGGCACUGAGAGGUUUCGGUCUGUUUCCAGGUCUUAUUACCGAGGAGCUGCUGGGGCCAUUCUCAUCUACGAUAUAACAUCCCAUGCGUCAUUCGCAUCACUUCCAACAUUCCUCAUGGAUGCGCGCGCUCUUGCUUCCCCGAACCUCAGCGUCUUAUUAGCUGGCAACAAAAUGACAGCCACGCAUACAACUUAUGGCCGCGAAGUCAGUCCUGAAGAAACGUCGCACUGGGCCUCCAAGUCCAAUAUCCCGGUUGCUGUCGAAAUAUCAGCUUUAACAGGUGAUGGUGUAGAAGAAAUUUUUAACCGGCUGGCCCGGAUAAUUGUCACUAAAAUCGAACUGGGUGAGAUUGACCCCGACGAUCCGCAGAGCGGGAUUCAGUAUGGCGACGGCGGUCUCUACGGCCAUAGCACAAGUGAUGGAUCUAGUAUCAGAAGUCGCAUGACACUUGAUGACGGUGCUGUCCAACUGCAUCGUAGGAAUCCAAGAAAGAACGCGAGUAACAAUUGGAAAGUUGGUAUGAGAGAAUGGGAGGACGUUUUUCGGUUAAGUGACUCGCAUCAAGGGAAAGGCGGCGGCUGUUGUUGA